GGCCUCGAUCACCAUUCAGCUUGGCAGUCAUCGCUAUGGUUAGAGGUCCAUCGUAGUUCCCGUACUUAUCUAUACUUGCUAGCGUCUCGUAAGCUGAGAAAACGUGACAGAAGAUGACCUUUGCCAAUUUGUUGGUUUCUCUGGGUUUUAUUUCUCGAUUGUCGGGAGUUUCCUGGUGGUUGUUGGACCAUUGGUCACACUAUCCUCACACUCUGGCCGACCGGUCCAUCGCCGGGGCAUGCAGGGCAUGCUACUCGUACUUCGAGUCUUAUCGUGCGUCUCUGGUAUCUUAUCUGUUAUUCGGCUUGCCCCACACUACUAGGUAGUGAUUACCCCGCCGUUGUACAGUACAUGACAUGAAAACGGA